GGCUGGACAUGAAGCCCAAUGAGAGAUGCUGCUCGUUUGAUGGUGAUGCAGAUAGAAUUGUUUAUUACUAUAAGGACACAGCUGGCCAUUUUCAUCUAAUCGAUGGAGACAAAAUAGCAACUUUAAUUAGUAUCUUCCUUAAAGAGCUUCUUGCCAAGGUGGGACGGACCUUAAAGAUGGCAGUGGUACAAACAGCGUAUGCCAACGGGAGCUCGACACGCUACCUUGAGGAAACACUGAAGGUGCCUGUGCACUGUGUGAAGACAGGAGUGAAACACUUGCAUCACAAGGCCCAGGAGUUCGAUGUUGGUGUUUAUUUUGAGGCAAAUGGACAUGGCACAGUAUUAUUUAGUAAAGCUGCUGAAACUCAGAUAAGACAACUGGCAAAAGAGGAGAAAGAUGAUGAAAAAAGAGAAGCAGCGAAGGUGCUUGAAAACAUGAUUGACCUGAUUAAUCAGACAGUUGGUGAUGCUGUCUCAGACAUGUUGGUUAUUGAAGCAAUCCUGGCCUUGAAGGGUCUGACUGUGCAGCAGUGGGAUGCCCUCUACACUGAUCUUCCCAAUCGGCUGCUCAAAGUUCAGGAUGCAGACAGGCGAGUUAUUGACACAGCGGAUGCAGAGAGGCGGGCGGUCGCACCUCCGGGGCUGCAGGAGAAAAUUGAUGGGCUUGUACAGAAGUACAGAUUGUCACGAGCGUUUGUCCGGCCCUCGGGGACAGAAGAUGUCGUUAGAAUAUAUGCUGAAGCAGACACCCAGGAGAAUGCGGAUGCCCUUGCCCAUGAAGUGAGCCUGGCUGUUUACCACCUCGCUGGUGGAAGAGGAGCACCACCCCAGCCUAUAUAA